AUGGUGGACAACCCAUUGGGCGGAACUGAAUAUGGAUCCGACCCAGCAGACUCUGCAAGCUCCUUGUCCGAACAUGACUCUCGUCCUUUCAGGGAAGAGAGCAACCAGAAAGGCGCUGAGAUUGAGGCUCCUAACACAGGUAGGGCCCCUGUGCCUCGUACUCUCAGGCCUCGUAAGAACAGAGCAGUGAACAUUGGCAGACGGGGAGGCUGCCGGAAGAAUCACUCUGGCAGAGGAGGGCGCGACCAUGAAUGGGAGGGCCCUGAGCAUGUUGUUUCAGACUUGUCUCCAUCACAUAUUGUGGGAGGAAGGGUGAUAGUCCAACACCAAGAAGUGACAGCAAUUGACAGUUUUCUUCGAGAUGUGGAAGAUAACUCUAAUAGACCUGCGCAUGAAGGUGGAAUGCUGGGGCAGACUUCAAUGUCUGGUCAUCUGGAUGCCACAAAUAAGCUCAAUAGAAUUCCAAAUCUAUGGAUCCUGUGGAGAAGAAAUUUGAAGGUCCCUGUUUCUGUUUCUGAGUCUGAGCAGCAUGUUACAAUUGCUUUGGAUUGGGGUCUGAGCCAUAUCCAGAUUUCCUUUGUUCAUGCUAGCAGCUUCAGGGCGGGGCGACGAGCUUUAUGGCUGGAUUUGGUGGCUGAUACUCCUGAAACUCCUACUCCUUGGACUGUUAUUGGUGACUUUAAUGCAUGCCUUCAAUCUCAUGAGAAACGUGGCCCAGGAAAUUUCAGUUUGGGGUCGGCAGUGGAAUUUGGAGCCAUGGUUGACGCAUGUCUUCUAUCUCAGGACUGUUCUCAACAGGUCCUUCCUUGGUUUGCCUCUGACCACUCCCCUCUGCUUGUGGUCUCAAGUAGCAGCCAGCGCCCUCCAAAUUGCCCCUUUCGAUUUAAUAAUUUUUGGACGGAUCAUGAGGACUUCGACAGGGUUGUAGCUGAAUCCUGGGCGGAGUGGGUUCCAGGGUCACCUAUUUUAUCCCUAAUGUCUAAACUCAAGCGGCUCAAAGGGGCGUUAAAAGGUUGGGCGAAACUGACCUUUCCCCAUUUUGAAAGGGAUCUCGACGAGGCAAAGAAAAAUCUCACCCACGUGCAGGAGGAGAUUGACAGUAAUGGGUUGUCGGAUCAACUGUUCCGAAUGGAGGCUGAUGCUAAAACGGCUCUUCUCAAGGCGCAAGAUAACCAUGAAAAGCUUUGGGCAGAAAAGGCGAGGCUCAGGUGGUUGACUUAUGGGGACACAAAUUCUAAGUUUUUCCAUCUAUCUGCUAAAAUGCGAAGAAAUAGAAAUACUAUCCGAUCCCUCAAAAAACAGGAUGGGUCGAUUGUGGAAGGGAAAACUAAUUUGGGUGAGUAUAUUGUGGAAUUCUAUGAGGGAUUUCACAAAAAUGCUCCUACAGUCGAUCAUCUUGAUCUUUUGGACAGCAUUCCGAGGGUUCUCCAACAAGUAGACAUAUUUCAUCUAGACUCUCUUCCUGGUAAUGCAGAGAUCAUGAAGGCGGUCUGGGCGCUUGAUCCUGAAAGCUCGCCUGGCCCAGACGGCUUCUCUGGAAAUUUUUUCAGGAAGUGUUGGAGCAUUGUGGAAGGUGAUGUUUGUAAUGCGGUGAAAGCCUUCUUCAGGACUAGUCGUAUGCCUAAAGGUGUUAACAACACUUUUCUAAUUCUGAUCCCUAAAGUGGAUGGAGCUGAGACUCUGGACAAGUAUCGACCAUUGUGUAUGAGCAAUUUUUUCUGCAAAAUAAUCUCUAAGGUGUUGGCUAUGCGCUUAGAGAGAUUUCUCCCCAGGCUCAUUUCGAAAGAACAGGGAGCUUUUCAAAAAGGGAAGCUGAUCCAUGACAACAUUAGUGUGGCAUCCGAGUUGGCGAACUUGAUGUACUCCGCCACGAGAGGGGGUGGCCUUGGUCUAAAAAUAGACAUCAGAAAGGCAUACGACAUGAUUUCUUGGUCUUUCCUCUUUAAGGUGAUGGAAAAAUUUGGAUUCUCAGAAAAUUGGAUCACAUGGCUGCAUCAAUUAUUGGCUUCAACUAAGAUUUCUGUUCUUGUCAAUGGAGUCCCGUAG